GACAUUUCCUUACCUUGAUAAAAGCUGUUUACAAAAGCCCUGUAGCAAGCAACAAAACUUUCCUUUUGAGAUUGGAACAAGACAUGGAUGCUUGCAAUCAUCACUUCUAUUCAACACUGUCCUUGAGGUCGUAGUCUGUGAUAUAUGAAAAGGGAAAAAAAAUGAAAAGGUAAAGGACUGGAAAGGAACAAGCAAAACCGGCAUUACUUGCAGACCCUAUGAUUUUAGGUAUUUAAAAACCUUAAAUAAUGUAAAGAUAAAUAAUUAAAACAGCACAGUUCUAGAUAUGAAACCAGCAUUAACAAAACUAAUUUUAUUUCUACAUUCUGGUAAGAAACCAAAAUUGAAAUAAAAAAUUCACAAUGGCAUUAAAAAAAAAUGAAGUCCUAGGAAUAAGUCUACCAAAAUAUGCACAAGACCUCUUUAGGGAAAAUGGUAAAACUCUAAUGAUAGACAUUACAGAAGAUCAAAAUAGUUUAUGUGGUGCCGAAAUGAGCACUGCAGAAGAUCUAGAGAGAUAGAAAGACUUAUUUAUAGAUUUGAAGAGUAAUAUAUUUAGUCUCUUCAAAUAGAUUUAUAGAUUCAAUGCAAUCCCAAAGAAAGUGCCAGCAUAACAAUCAUAUUGUAAAAUAUUUGUGGGAAUGUAAUUGGAUAAGAAUUACUAAUAACAGGAACAAUGAAGAAGAGGGAAGAGUGUUCUGUGGACUAAACAAAACCUGUACAUAACAGCAUCUCUGUGUGUCUAACACCAUUAUGUGUUACCAUUAUGCUCAUUAUGCCCAUUAUGUGUGUCUACCAGUAUGCCCAAGAGAAAGACUGAAGUGGAUGCUACAGGAGAUAAAACCAAGGUGAAGGACAAACCACAGAGAAGAUCUACAAGAUUAUCUGCUAAACCUGUCCCUCCAAAGCCAGAUCCCAAGCCUAAAAAGGCACUUGCAAAGAAGAAAAAGAAGGCACCCAAAGGGAAAAAGAGUGAUGCUAGCAAGGAUGGGAAUAAUCCUACAAAAAUUCGAGCUACCAAAACAGACAAGAUGCAGAAAGCUGAAGGUGAAAAUUGAGGAAGAUUCAUGAAGAAAUCUAAAAGUUCAAUGGAAUGUUGGGGACUAUGAGAGUUGAUGAUCCUUCCAUAUAAAACUUUCUCCUCAGUGUCCAGGUGAGAAACUUCAAAAGAAAUCACCCAAGUUAGAUUUCAGAUAGAACUUCUCCACUGUUCAUGGUGUAUUUAGGUCAGGGUAGGGACCAGGAUAGGAAGUUGGAGGGAGCAGAGGAGAGGUAAGGCAUCCUCAAAGUGAUGUGGAGACAAGUCAGAGAACAAAAGAGGCAAAAGAGAAAGAUGUAUAUGGAGCAAGACAUCUCAAGUCCAGUUUAAUCUGAACCUCUUCCCCAUUCCCUUCCCCUCUCUCCCACAGGUCAUGCUGUGAUACAAGGAAUUCGAAGUGGAAAAAGUGAAAGUGUUAAUCGCUCAGUCAUGUCCCACUUU